CGCGGGCAACGGAUUGACGGCGGGGGCCCGAGAGAGUGUGACGGACUGCGGUCACAAUCAGCCACUGGCCCACGCAGGGCCCGAGAGGGGGAAGAGAGAGCGACAGGGGAAGCGUGAGAAAAGGAGACGACCAGGGCCCGCAGGCCGGCAGAAAGGGCAGAGCCGGAUGCUCUAUUUAUGAGCUCUGCUGCUGCCGCUGAUGGUCAAGCAGUGCCAUGUUGUUGGGAGCCGCAGAACUUCCAACCUUCGAGCCACCGAGUUGAGGGCAGUCGAGCGAGUCGAGAAAAUCCAGUGCGCUUCGACGCGCGCAAGCUUGGGCUCAUAGCCCAGCUUCUAAGUUGUGCUGCUCUGCUGGUGCUGCUGGGGGCUAUUAUCUUGGCCUCCUGGAACCUGCAGGGCUGCUGGCUAUCCGUGCUGAGGCUGAAGCAGUCGAAAAGUGAGAAAAGUAGGCUGGGCCUGAAAUUGCAGCAGUUGGUUGGAGGGAGGGUGCAACGUGCGUUUUGUUUUUUAGGUGGUGGAGAGGGGAGAGGGGAGAGGGGAGAGGGAGGGAGGGAGGGAGGGAGGGAGGAACAGUUGAGGAGGGAAAAGGGAUGGACUCGGGGUCGUUCCCAUAAGUAGUGCGAGCGGGGACGAGAGGAGGGAGAGAAUCUGUCGAGGAGAAUUGCGCAGGAGCGCAAGAGCCUGCCGGGUGUGGGUGGACUCUCCGACUCGGCUGGGCUGGUCGAUGGCGGUCAUAGCUCAGCCUCAGCUGAUUAUUAACUGUCACGAACAGAGGUCGAAGAAGGAAGGAGGAGCAGCAGCAGCAGCUACUGCUGGAGCCAGAGAAUCGGCAGAGGCGAAAUUACAGGACAAAGCUCUCGGGGAUAAGACGGUCUGCGGCGGCGCUAACAUGGACUCCAAGCUUGAGCAGUUGGACGAUGUGGUCAUGCAGCAGCAGCAGCAGCAGCAGCAGCAGGACGAGGAAUCUCCGUUGUUCGAGGAGUGGAGGGAGAGGGAGAAACGUCACCUGGAAUAUCUGGAGAGAGUGACGAGCAAUCCUGCCGAGGAGCAGGUGAAAUUCCUCGAAAGAAUCCUGCAGAAAAAUGCCAACACCGCUUUCUUACAGCAGUGUAAACUAAACGGUGCCACCGAUGUCGAGACUUUCCGACAGCGCGUGCCCUUGAAUGAAUACGAUACUCUUCGACCCUACAUCGAACGCAUUAUUGCAGGCGACAGUGCCCAGCUCUUGAGUGCAGAUCCUGUCAUCGAAAUCCAGAGCAGCUCUGGAACGACGAGUGGAGAUCCCAAACUAUACCCUGUCACCGAAGAGGAGAAGAGUUUGAGAGCUCUCAUCUGGACUCUCACGAGACCAGUUUUGAAUCGGAUUAUUCCAGGUCUGCACAAGGGCAAGUGCAUGUUCUUUUACUACAUUCCGCCCACAGUGGAAGUCAUCGGCGAGUUGCCGAGGUUCACGGCCGUGUCGAGUUUCAUCAAGAGCGAUUGGUUCCAGAAGAGGCCCUUCGAUCCCUCGUACAGGCUCACGAGCCCGCACGCAGUCAUAGAGGCCAGCACGCUAGACGAGGCGUAUUACUGCCAUCUGAUCCUCGGGCUGGUGCAGCGCGAGGAGGUGCUGCGGAUGGGGGCCAUAUUCUCGUCGGGAUUCGUCAAAGGCAUCCGCAGUUUGGAAGAAUGGUGGCCGGAGAUUUGCGACGACAUCGAGAAGGGGACUCUGAGCGAGAGGAGGGUCCAUAGCAGCGCAGUGAGGGAGUCCGUGCUCGCUUACCUGCGCCCGGAUCCGACCCAGGCAGAAGCCAUUCGCAAGGUGUGCAGAGGUGGCUGGGACGGCGCCAUCCGCAGGCUGUGGCCCAAUGCGGUGGUGCUCGACACCAUCUGCACCGGGACCAUGGAGGCCUACACGCCCACUCUGAACUACUACAGCGACGGCCUGCCCGUCAUCUGCACGCAGCUCUACGCCUCCACCGAGGGCUACUUCGGCCUCAACAUGAGCCCCGCCUGCCACCCCGACGAAAUUUACUACACGCUGCUGCCCACCAUGGCCUACUACGAAUUCAUCCCCGCCUCGGAUGACACCCGCAAGGACAGCCUCGACCACGAGAUUCUGGACCUCGCCAGCGUCGAACUCGGCCAGGAGUACGAAAUUCUCGUCACCACCGUGUCCGGCUUGUACCGGUACAGGGUCGGAGACGUGCUCAAAGUGAUGGGUUUCUACAACAAGACGCCGAUGAUGCAAUUCAUGCGACGGAGGAACACGGUGCUGUCGAUCGAUACCGACAAGACCGACGAGAAGGAGCUGAACUUGUGCGUGACGCGAGGAAUGAAGUUGCUGGAGAGCCUGGGGCUGCGGUUGCAUGACUUCACCAGCUUGUCGGACGUGGACUCCAGUCCGGGGCACUACGUGAUCUUCAUGGAGCUCGUGUCCAGCGAUUCGGCCUCGGGACUCAUCUCCACGGACCUUCUGGAGCAGUGCUGCGAGCUCAUGGAUGGGGGAAUGAAUUCCAUCUACCUCAAGCAUCGAGCUAAUGAGAACAUCGGCCCGCUGGAGCUGCGAAUCGUCAAGCCCGGAACGUUCGACGCGCUCGCCGAGCUCGCCUACUGCCGAGGCUCAUCCCCGGCGCAAUACAAGACGCCCCGAGGCUUGUCCCUGCUGAAACACGCAGCCCAACUCGGCAUCCUCAAUUCCCACGUCGUGCAGAAUGCCUUCAGCCGAAUCGCUCCUCCGCUCCCUCAUCCCAUAGGAUCGUCGCUGCCUGCGGCCCACCGUACUUUCACCGGCCGAGUGCCCUCGACGCCCCCAGAAAUGCUCCCCUCGCCCAAGGCAUUGCCCACUUGAGCAUUGCACAGGUUGGAACCUGUCAUGACGACCUCCGAAAGUGAACCCAGUGCAGGAGCGAAGCUGAGAGAUAAUUGACGGAGGAAACUUGCCCGAUCCACUUUAGUUGCAUUGCAGAACCCCUUGAUCACGGACAUGAUGUAGAACUCGAGCACCCACCAACGACGAGAGAGAGAGAGAGAGAAAGAGAAAGAAAGAGGACAGAGAGAUUGAAGAAUGCGACCUGCUGAGUCCACUCUGAGUUCUCGAUCCUGGGUCAAGGGCAUAAUCUCUUAGAACACGAGCACCUCCGCGUCCUCACAUUCCCUCCAUUCGUCAGUCACAUCCAGUCCCAUCCACACAUCACAGCAUCUUUUUCCACCCCGACUCUCGACUCCCGACUCCCGUCUCUCUUCUACCUGGAGCACGGCGCUGGAGGUCCACUCCACGCCUGUGCUCUGCCUCCUUCGUUCCACCCGGAUGCAAAGAGCCCUGACAACAAUUUUGCCAUGAUCGGUGGACGGUGUCGUUUACGCAUGCGAUAUAAUCCUAGACCCCCUCUCGAAGACCUGGAAGAUUCAUUCUUGAAGUCCAUCCCAAUUGGUGAGUGACUGGUAUUGUAUUUGAACUCGGUCGGACUAACCCGGCAGUCCGACCGACCGUCAUCUGAUGGUAUGACCUUAGCAGCAAGCAACCUCUUACUGUAGGGCCUGUCGGAGCACGUUGUAUACAUUGUAAUUCUACUCGGAAAUUCUCUUGAUAUCUCCUCGAGAUCUAUGAUUAGUCCCGGGGCCUUGUCUCCGUUCUCCCUACAUCUGUCAAUAAAGCUCGGGAACUUGCAAAUUGGAGCAGUACGUACGACGGCAAAGCAGCAAGCACACGUUGUUGAGCAGUGUGAUGGAUGGCCGGCCUUCAGCCUCCCGUCAAGAAUUUCCAGAGAAUUCCUGUAAAGCACUCGCCCACCCAAGUCCUCCGAACCAUUUUGCCCGAGACGUCUGCAGUCUGAUACAUAGUAUGCUAUCCGAGAACUUGUACGCCGGCAUCAAAUCCCCCAUUGAUGCCCAUAAUACUUACCUAUUCACUUACUUACGAUAACUGCGGAAGGGAGGGAGCUCCUACUCAGGCUCCGAUACUCUCCCAUUGUUGGUUGGUUAGAACAACGACGAUGCCUAUGAGACUUCACACCCUCACUCAAAUUCGUGAGCUGCACAGUCCUCUCAUCUUAAGAGCACUUGCUCUUCAGAGCUUGGCCUGAGAUGGCACAAAUAAGAUCUGGCUCGACGCUGUCCAUCCAUGCACGUACUCUUCUCUACUGCAACGGCAUUCUCGGCUCUAUCGGUUGCAUCAAUCUUUAGCAGUUCGUGCGUGAGAGUGUCGAGUCGCAAUCAUUCAGAACUGUGUCUAGAGUGAACCAUCUCGUAGAGGGAUCCAGUGUCUAGAGCUAGAGCAGUACGAUAGUUUUUUUCAUGUAACACCCCUAGUAAAGCUCGAUACAGACGAGCGGGCAGAUCGGUGUGUCACCUCAAAGCCGAUACAGAGUUGUUUGUUUGAUUUGUCAGAGAUCCCGUAGAAAUUGAAGUUUGGUUGUUCUGUGAUUAGGUGUGUCGGCUUGAAUGCACUACAGGGCUGAACUGACGGGGCAGACUGUACCAAGCCCAUCCAAAUUGUCAAAAGCUACUAUUUCAAUGGCAACAAAUCUUGGUAAC